UGAUCGAAAUUUGAACAAGUCACAGUGACUUUGAGGGAAAAUAAGAGAUUGACUUUAGACUCUGAAGAAAGGACGAAGGUAGCGCAAAAAAAAUGGCAGCGAAAUUCUACGACCUCACAGCUAAGCUGUUGACGGGGACAACGUUAAAUUUCUCCUCCCUUAAAGGCAAAGUUGUCCUCAUUGAGAACGUCGCGUCUCUCUGAGGUACGACCACCAGGGAUUACACCCAGAUGAACGAGCUCCACGAACGCUACGGCAGCAAGGGGCUCGUGGUCCUGGGAGUACCCUGCAACCAGUUCGGCCAUCAGGAGAACUGCAAGAAUGAGGAAAUCCUGCUGUCUCUGAAGUAUGUCCGUCCUGGAAACGGCUUUGAGCCAAAGUUCCAGCUCCUGGAGAAGGUGGAGGUGAACGGGAAGGACGCCCAUCCCCUGUUUGUGUUCCUGAAGGAGAAGCUGCCGUCCCCCAGUGACGAGCCGUCGACCCUGAUGAACGACCCCAAGCUGAUCAUGUGGAGCCCGGUGUGCAGGAACGACGUGGCCUGGAACUUCGAGAAGUUCCUCAUCGGACCGGACGGGGUGCCGUUCAAGCGCUACAGCAGGAGGUUCCUCACCAGCGACAUUGAGGGAGACAUCAAGAAGCUUCUGAGCCAAGCAAACUAACCCAUCGUCCAAAAUGCUCCACCGUCCUACAGCUUCCCAGCAGCACUGGCCAGUGUGUGGAAACCCCACUGUGCUCAGCGCAAUCUGUCCGUAGAUUCUGUAGAUGCUCCCACACCUUUCCAUAGCACCUGUGCUCUCUUGUACAUGAUGGCUGUUUUUGUGCUUUUACUGUAUGAAGGCGUCCUCUGAAACCACGAUGUGAGGAGGACAUCUGAUGGAAGUGUAAAAGGCCAAAUGUAUAUAGCUGCAUCGUGUCCAUGUAAAGCACAGCUGCAUAUGAUGAGGACCAAUAAAUGUAUUUUUUACAAA